AUGUCCAUCUACGGUCGUCUCCUCACUCAUCAGGCUCAUCUGGAGCGCACACAGCAGCAAGUGAAGCGCCCGCUAUAUGUAUCUUUUCUAUUCAGCAACGUUGGCACUUGGAAGCUGGCUGUCAAUUAUUUGCGCAGCUACCUAAUACCUACCAUGCCCGUUACCUGGCCACUACGCCGCUCUCGUCUCCUACCGGUGGCCUGCUUUCUAUUCGACACGGCUGGGCCUGUCUUCCCACAGCCGGGCGGCCCUGAUAGUCAUACCGAGACUCUCAGCCUCUCUACCAUAGGUACACACUUUCUCCCGCUUGCUGCUACUGCUACUGCUACUGCUACUGCUACUGCUACUGCUACUGCUACUGCUACUGCUACUGCUACUACUGUUGCUGCUGCUAUAUACUACCACUACUACUGCCACGAGUCCCGCUCCGCCGUUCCGCCGUCUCAGUAUCGCUACUCGGGGCCCAACGUCACUAGUCCCCCUCUGCGCCCCAAGACGGCUGAGGCCAAACAAUGGGAUCUGACCACCACGGACGCCCUCGGUAGAACAACAUCGGCCCCCUCAGUGUCGGCGCCUGCCCCAAGCACCAUGGACGUGACCAGGGGCUCCAUAUCGAGCACCUCGACUGCCCACAGCGCCCGCGACGACACCAGCCUUUCCUCCGAGCCCUUCCUCCUACGCCAUGGCCGACGCUACCUGCGCAACGUGGGCUACUAUCCUCUGCCCUGCGAUCUACCGGAGCUGCACCGCCAGAACUUACAGACCCUACUCGCCACGGCCGUCUUUGGGCGAGCACUAGGCUCCACCCCUUCUCCGCAAAACCCUCCAAAGAAAGUACUUGAGCUGGCCUGCGGAAGCGGAUAUUGGUCAGCAGUCUGCCAUGAAUAUCUGGCAGGUCUGGGUCAUCAAGACGUCUCCUUCACUGGCCUGGAUAUCGUGAAUUUGGCUGGUGAUUUGCAAAGGCAAGGCAUGGACUGGAAAUUCGUUGCACACGAUUUGCGAAAACUACCACUCCCCUUUGAUGAUGACGAGUUUGACAUUGUCGUCAUGAAAGACAUGAGCAUGGUCGUUCCACUAGGCGCUCCUUCGCAAAGGAUCCUGGACGAAGCCACGCGAAUCCUCAAGUCUGGGGGCACGCUCGAGAUCUGGGAGACGGAUCAUAUCAUUCGAUCGAUUUUGCCACACCCGCCACCUCCACCAGGGAAGAAUCCAGAAGAGUAUGCUUGCGCGGUACAGACGGGCACUUUUCUUAUCUCGCCCAUCACGCCCUUCACCGAGGUGCAGAACAAAUAUUUGCAAGAUGCAAAUUCGUGGAUUCAAGAGGCUCUAGACCGCCGUAAACUGUCUCCUACUCCAUGCGCACGUGUAUCCCAGAUGUUGCUCCAGGAAACGGAGACGCUCUGUGAUGUGGAGAAUCGCCGGGUAGCCAUCCCUCUGGGAGAGCUAAGAUGGGAGCGGGAGGCGGCUGGGGAAAGAAACGUGCCAAAGCGAGGCACCUUUGACACAUCAAAACUCAAAAAGGGAACCACUAGCCUCGACAGUACUACUCUUUCCGAGGAGCAGGCAGCGUUGAGGUACACAGCCCUUCUCAUCGUCAUUCAGCUGAUUGAAAGCUUGGAGCCGCUACUCAAGGAAGUCAGCGGGAAGAACCAGGAGGAGUGGCAACGCUGGUGGGGUUGGAUGAUGCAGAAUUUGUUGGAGCAAAAAGGGGCGUCGAGCGGAGAGUGUCUUGAAGUUGGGGUGUGGUGGUGCAAGAAAGUAUGA